AUGUCUAUGGAAGAUUUGGUUAGCAGGUUAAGUUAUAUCUCACUCAUUACCAAUGAUCAAGACAAGUUUCUUCAGCUGUUCAAGUUUUAUACCAAUUUGGGCUUUAGGUUGGCAAAGAACUUUUCAAGAGUAAGUCCUGCGGGAGCCACGGCAGCCCACAUUCCUCAAUUGCAAUUGGGAGUGUCUAAGGACUCCCUAAGAGAAGUAUGGAUUGAGUCGUUUCCUUUACAAGAUUUAGAUGAAAACGGAAAUUUGCGUCCCUGGCAAGAGUCAAAGGUUUAUUUUGGAGACAAUUGUCAGAAAUUGUCGGAAUCAACUGUUAUCAAGCUUAGAUUGUCCAGCGAGACAGAGGCUCAAAGUAGUGUUGAAAAAAAACUUGAGUUCUUCACCACCAAUUUGAAAGAAAUUGAAAAAAUACUUAAAGAAAAUGAUGUUAAAUAUCAACAAGUUAAUGAUAAUCUUAUCCAUGCAAAAGAUCCUCUUGGUAACGAUGUGUGCUUUGCAAAUAAGAAAACCCCAUUGAGCCUGGUAGAAUACUCAUCAACACAAGAAUAUAUCGAUUCUACCACUAAAGAGAUUUUACAAAAUAAGAAUUCAAUGGAUCUCAGGCGUCGAUUCAAAUCAGAGAUAAGUAUUGCUAUUGACGAGAUGGAGAAGAAAACGAAAACCGGAACUGGUAACAAAGCGGCAAAGAAAAAGAAGAUCGCAGUGAUGACGUCGGGCGGUGAUGCCCCGGGUAUGAAUCCAGCCGUGAGAGCCGUUGUUAGAGCAGGUAUCUUUUAUGGAUGUGAUGUCUUUGCCGUUUAUGAAGGGUACGAAGGUUUGGUCAAAGGUGGUGACUUGUUAAAACAAAUGGACUGGGCUGACGUGCGUUCAUAUUUAUUCUUGGGUGGAACUGCUAUUGGUACAGCUAGGUGUAAGGAAUUCAGAGAGCGUGAAGGAAGAUUGCAGGCGGCAUAUAAUAUGGUUAUCAAUGGUAUUGAUGCUUUAGUCGUUUGUGGUGGUGACGGUUCAUUAACUGGUGCUGAUUUAUUUAGAAGCGAAUGGCCAUCCUUAGUUGAUGAAUUGAUCAAAAAAGGGAAGUUGACAAAAGACCAGGCUGCUCCUUAUAAGCAUCUCACUAUUGUUGGGUUGGUUGGCUCUAUUGAUAACGAUAUGUCGGGAACAGAUGUCACUAUUGGUGCUUAUUCUGCAUUGGAAAGAAUCACUGAGAUGGUUGAUUAUAUUGAUGCAACUGCAGCUUCACAUUCAAGGGCUUUUGUUGUGGAAGUUAUGGGUAGACAUUGUGGAUGGUUAGCACUUUUGUCAGGAAUAGCUACUGGUGCCGACUAUGUAUUCAUACCUGAAAGACCGCCAAAAGCAGGGGAAUGGAAAAAGGAAUUAACCGAAGUAUGUGCAAGACACAGAUCUUAUGGAAGAAGAAAAACAACAGUUAUUAUUGCUGAAGGUGCUAUUGAUGACGAAUUGAACCCAAUUAGUUCAGAGGAUGUUAAAAAGGUGUUGGUUGAUUUGGGACUAGACACAAGGGUGACCAUUUUGGGACACGUGCAAAGAGGAGGUACAGCAGUUGCUUUUGAUAGAAGAUUAGCUACCAUGCAAGGUGUUGAAGCGAUUAAAGCUGUGUUGGAAUUGACUCCAGACACUCCUUCUCCGAUGAUUGGAAUUUUGAAGAACAAGAUUGUUAGAUAUCCACUAGUCGAUGCCGUCAAACAGACAAAAGCCGUUGCAGAAGCAAUUGGACAAAAAGAUUUUGAAAAAGCCAUGAGUUUAAGAGAUUCAAACUUUUUCGAGGCUUACAAAUACUACCGUGCAAUCACAUAUUAUGACGAUAGGUCGCAACAGUUACCUGAAAACAAAAGAUUAAACAUUGCUGUUGUUCAUGUAGGUGCAGCAUCUGCUGGAUUGAAUGCGGCUACUAGAGCCACGGUGUUGUACAGUAUAUCACGUGGUCAUAACUUGUAUGCGGCACAAGAAGGAUUUUCCGGAUUAGCUGAAGGAAAGUUGAAAAAACUUGAAUGGUUAGAUGUUGAAGGAUGGCAUAGUGAAGGUGGAAGUGAGAUUGGAACAAAUCGAUCACUACCUUCUCAAAAUUAUGGUAAAAUCGCAUAUUAUUUACAAAAGUUUAAUAUUCAGGGAUUAAUUAUUAUAGGAGGGUUUGAAGCUUUUGAAGCAUUGCAUCAAUUAAACGAGGAAAAAGUAAACUAUCCAAUAUUUGAAAUGCCGCUGGUGGUUGUUCCAUCAACUGUUUCCAACAAUGUUCCUGGAUCGGAAUAUUCUCUUGGAUCAGAUACUUGUUUGAAUGAAUUGGUUUCAUAUUGUGAUGCUGUGAUACAAUCUGCAUCAUCCAGUCGUAGAAGAGUUUUUGUUGUUGAAGUACAAGGAGGUCAUUCUGGUUAUGUAGCCUCUUAUUGUGGUUUAAUUACAGGAGCAUUGGCUACGUACACUCCAGAGGCCAAAAUCAAUUUGAUGGAAUUACAAAGAGAUAUUGAAUUGUUAUUCAAAGUAUUCCAAACUGAUCGUGGUGAGGAUCAUAAUGGUAAAUUGGUUGUUCGUAAUGAGCAGGCAUCACUGGUUUAUUCAACACAGUUGAUUGCGGAUAUAAUGAAGGAGAAUGCCAAUAAUAGAUUUGAAACACGGACGGCAAUUCCCGGUCAUGUGCAACAAGGAUAUACUCCAACUGGAAACGAUCGUGUAAUGGCAGUUAAAUUUGCAUUAAAAGGAAUGGAGUUUAUCGAAGAAUGGAACCAUUGUUCAGAGAAACAUGAUAUCCAUAUCGAGGAUGCCGAUGUGGAAAAACAUUCAGCUGUCGUGAUUGGUAUCAUUGGUGAUACUGUUGAGUUUACAAGUGUCAAACAUUUAUACGAUAGAGAAGCCGAUGUUGCCUUGAGAAAGGGUAGGACUAUACACUGGAAAGAUAUGAUUGAGGUUGAGGAUAUGUUGAGUGGUAAGACUUUACUUAAGAUAGAACAUGAGGAUUCGUGA